UAAAUAUAGUUUCGGAUAAUUUUAUGUGUUUAGACAUCAUUAUUUUUUUCCUAAUAAUACCCAUAGAAUUUACCACUUGUAUCACCGAAACAAGUAACAACUGCAAACAUCAUUAGUUUUUUAUUAGAAAAACAGACAUCUCAAGUUUUUUAUCACCCUGGAAAUAAACCCAAACCAAGUUUUUGAGAGCCACAUUCCUUUGCGAGUAGAGAUAGGAUAAGGACUUGGACUAGUUUCCACACAAACUAAAUUUCGAAGAAAAUAUGUGUAUUUACGUCAACUUCACCUUUAUCUCUUCUUUUGCUUUUCUGUUUAAAUCCAUUCAUUUUGUGCACGUAGAACCAUAAUAUUACACCCACCCUACACUUUAACCCUUACCAUCUCUUGGAAGAGAAAUCAAAUGGAGUUUAGCUCAGAGGCUAACCAACGCAUUGCCAGGAUCUCAGCCCAUCUCCAGCCUCCAAAUCCCCAGAUGGGAGAAAGUUCUGUUUUGAGGCGAGCUGACUGCAGAGCAAAAGGAGGGGCACCGGGAUUCAAAGUUGCUAUCUUAGGUGCAGCUGGAGGAAUUGGCCAGCCUCUUGCAAUGUUAAUGAAAAUGAAUCCACUUGUUUCGGUUCUUCAUCUUUAUGAUGUUGUGAACUCCCCUGGUGUCACAGCUGAUCUCAGUCACAUGGACACUGGUGCAGUGGUACGUGGUUUCCUGGGGCAGCCGCAGCUUGAAAGUGCUCUAACAGGCAUGGACCUUGUGAUCAUACCUGCUGGUGUUCCGAGGAAGCCUGGAAUGACGAGGGAUGAUCUUUUCAACAUUAAUGCUGGAAUUGUCAAGACACUUUGUGAAGGAGUUGCAAAGUGCUGCCCUAAUGCAAUUGUUAAUCUGAUCAGCAACCCAGUGAAUUCUACAGUUCCAAUUGCAACAGAGGUUUUUAAGAAGGCUGGUACUUAUGAUCCAAAGCGACUUCUGGGAGUUACAACUCUAGAUGUUGUGAGAGCAAACACUUUUGUGGCGGAAGUUCUGGGACUUGAUCCAAGAGAAGUUAAUGUCCCAGUUGUUGGAGGUCAUUCAGGAGUGACAAUUUUGCCUCUUUUGUCACAGGUUAAACCUCCCUGCAGCUUCACCCCUGAAGAAACUGAAUACCUUACAAAUCGCAUUCAAAACGGUGGGACAGAAGUUGUUGAGGCAAAAGCUGGGGCUGGAUCUGCUACACUGUCAAUGGCAUAUGCAGCUGUCAAGUUCGCAGAUGCAUGCCUCCGAGGCUUGAAAGGAGAUGCAGGAAUUGUGGAAUGUGCCUUUGUAGCUUCCCAGGUUACAGAACUCCCCUUCUUUGCAACCAAGGUACGACUUGGUCGUACUGGAGCUGAGGAAGUCUAUCAACUGGGGCCUCUAAACGAGUACGAGAGGGUUGGUUUGGAGAAAGCAAAGAAAGAGUUAGCAGGAAGUAUUCAAAAGGGUAUUGCCUUUAUCAAGAAAUGAAUUGGUGAUGAGCGGAUCUCUAUUAUAUAAGCUGCUUAAAUCUGUUACAGGGCUUUGUAUAUGUUUUGGUACUUUGAAGAAUCUGCGAAUAUUUAACAAAACCACUGCUGCAUCAAUUGAGAUCUGCAUGAUGAUCUAUUCAUUU